UCAGGGGAUGCGUACAUGGCGCUUUCUUCGAUCGCUUUUCCAAUACAAAGAGGAGAGAUGCCCUGCAACAACUCUGCAGCUUUCUCAUCUGGGGGAAAGAAAGAUGAACGUGCUACGUGGGCUGUACAUGCUCUUUAAAUGCAAGGUUCAUCAUUUUGUCUGGAUGGCCUGAAAUGUGUCCAGGCCUUGGUGCUUUCAGGACACGAUCACUUACUGCUCAAUCAUGAGCAGUCUCCAAAGAUGUUCAGGUUGGUAGUGUUGAAGAUCCUGUGGGUGUCCAAUGUGACUGCAGUCAAGAUCACCACACUAGAAAUAGGGCAGUGCAGCCACGUACCCCCUCCCCAGCUGGGCACCCUGCAGAUCAUUCAUGGCAAUGGCACAGCCGUCGGGACAGUCAUCGCCUUCCAGUGCGCGGUCGAGCACCAGCUGGAGGGGCCAGGCAUCAUCACCUGCAUAUGGAAGGGGAACGGUACCCAGUGGACAGCAGAAGUGCCCUCCUGCAAGCCUAUAUCAAAGUAUGAGACUUUUGGAUUUAAAGUCGCAGUGAUUGCUUCCAUCGUGAGCUGUGCCAUCAUUCUGCUGAUGUCCAUGGCUUUUUUAACCUGCUGUCUCAUCAAGUGUGUGAAGAAAAGUGAAAGGAGGAGGACUGAAAGAGACAUGCAGCUGUGGUAUCAACUCAGAACUGAAGAACUGGAGAACAUGCACGCUGCUUACUUCGGUUAUAAGGGAAGAAAUAACAACAACAACAAGAAACUCAGGAAUAAAUCCGUAUUUGACGACGUGACUAACAUGGCCUACGACAACCAGGGCUUCUACAGAUUCCAGGAGGAGGAGUGGACUCGGGACACGACAGCUUCAGGGUGCUGCAAAGCCGGUGAGCGGCUGCCCAAGCUCAGCAGCAGCAACAGCAGCACAACUGGGAGACACACGGUGCCAGGACACAGCCCUGCUCUGCACACAGUGAAUUCAGUCCAUGUGGUCGAGGUCUAUGGACACACGGAUAGAUCCAACAAACCCACGUGUCAGAUACCUGGCUAGCUGCUGGCUGAAGUGCACUUGCUUCUCCGGACCAAAACGAAAUGGAUCGAAAUAAUGUGCCUUAAAGACAAUGCAGGAAGUUAACGACUCAUUUGAAUCUGAAAGUUUUAUAUAUUACAAGGUGGUUAUUUAACAGAAAUACUUUGACAUCUGGUAUAAAUAAAAUAAGGAAUGUUGAGGCUGGCCAUCAGCAGCCAUUC